AUGAUAUUUAUAAAUGAUUUAACAACAGAGAUACUAAAUGUUUGUAUAACUUAUUGGUAUGUUGCUAUUGCUAUCUACUUGUUAAGAGUUGUCAGUAGUAGUUUCAAUAGUUUUACAAGCUAUGGCAAAUUAGAUUCAAAUCGAUUAAACAACAGCAAUAAUAAUCAACCACAACAACAACAGAAUAUAAAUAAUAGAAGUAUUCUAAGUGCAUUGUAUUUAGAUUAUCAAUUGUUUGAAACUAAAUAUGGAUGGUUCCUAUUCUAUUUGACGGCGUUCUCAAGUGCUAUGUCGUUACUUGGAAUAGUGUAUCUGCUGGAUCUCUACAACAAUAUCAACUAUCACAACGUUAUCUUUCUCAUCAUUUUCUAUUGUAUGAUAAUGUUCCAAUCGAUUCGUAGAAUGUACGAAACCAUUGAGAUACAGGUUCAUUCAUUCUCAAUGAUGAACGUCCUCUUGUUUGUCUCUGGUAUUUCUUACUAUAUAAUGGCAACAGUCUCGCCACUGGCCGAAUUCAUAGCGAGACUCGAAUUCAAAUACAUCGAACCACAGUUGGAUUACGAUAACCAGGAAUACGAUGACAACGAGAUUAACAACAUGUACAAGUUGAUUAUUGUCGUGUUUUUGGUGGCAUCGCUACUACAACAACGAAUUCACAAACAACUAGCAGCCAUUAGAAAAUCAUCGACCACCUCCACCAACAACAGCAACAACACCAUUAAUGACAAUAGCAAGCCAUACUACGAGAUUCCAAAAGGUGGUCUAUUCAACUUGGUAUCGUGUCCACACUUCCUAAUGGAGAUUAUUAUCUACUUUUGUUUUGUUGCACUUUCAAACUUUAAAUCAAAAACAUUAUGUUUAAAUUUAAUACAUAGAGCAUUAGAAUCACAUAAUUGGUAUAAAAAGACAUUCAAAUCUACAUAUCCAUCAAAUAGAAAAGCAAUCAUUCCAUUUUUGUUUCUCAACAAAGAUAAAGAUGUUUGUACUUAA